GGGGUUGUAGCCAGCGGCGCCUGGGCCCAGGGCCGAGGUGGCUGGACGCGCCCCACCCGGCAGCCAGGCGGAGCCAAAGAUGCUGGCCCGUCACGCGCGGCCCCGCCCGGGCCCCGGGCCGCCUCGGGUCUGGCCCUUCCCGCUGCUGCUGCUUGCAGCGGUGCUGAGAGGCCCGGUGUCCGGCCACGUACCCCGCUCGGUGCCCAGGACCUCGCUUCCCAGCUCCGAGGUGGAUUCCUAUCUCACUCGAUUUGCUGUCCCUCACAUAUACAAUUACACUGUUCUUCUUGUGGAUCCUGCUUCCCACACACUUUACAUUGGCGCCCGGGACACCAUCUUCGCUUUAUCCCUACCUUUCUCAGGGGAGAGACCCCGCAGGAUUGGCUGGAUGGUACCUGAGUCACACAGACAGGACUGUAUGAAGAAAGGCAAGAAAGAGGAUGAAUGUCACAAUUUUGUCCAGAUUCUCGCCAUUGCCAAUGCCUCUCACCUCUUCACUUGUGGCACCUUCGCUUUUGAUCCGAAGUGCGGGGUUAUUGAUGUGUCCAGUUUCCAGCAGGUUGAAAGACUUGAGAGUGGCCGGGGGAAAUGUCCUUUUGAGCCAGCUCAGCGGUCAGCAGCUGUAAUGGUUGGGGGGAUCCUCUAUGCUGCCACAGUGAAGAACUACCUGGGGACACUGCCGAUUAUCUCUCGGGCUGUGGGUCUUGCUGAGGACUGGAUUCGUACAGAAACCUUGCUGUCGUGGCUUAAUGCCCCAGCCUUUGUCUCAGCCAUGGUCUUGAGCCCAGCCGAGUGGGGGGAUGAAGAUGGAGAUGAUGAAGUCUACUUCUUCUUUACGGAGACCGCCAGAGUGUUUGACUCAUACGAGCUCAUUAAGGUCCCACGGGUGGCCCGAGUGUGUGCGGGGGACCUUGGGGGCCGGAAGACCCUCAAGCAGAGGUGGACAACAUUUCUGAAGGCUGACCUUCUAUGUCCAGGGCCUGAGCAUGGCCGGGCCUUCAGUGUCCUACAGGACAUGGCUGAGCUUCGACCCGAACCUGGAGCAGGGACCCCAGUCUUCUAUGGCAUCUUUUCCUCCCAGUGGGAAGGGGCUGUUGUUUCUGCUCUCUGUGCCUUCCUACCCCAAGACAUUCGGACAGCACUGAAUGGUCCCUUCCGAGAGCUAAAACAUGAGUGCAAUAGGGCAAUGCCUGUCAUAGAAAGUGAAGUACCUCAGCCUAGACCUGGACAGUGCAUCACCAACAAUAGGAAGCUGCAGCAGUUUAGCUCAUCGCUCUCCCUGCCUGACCGUGUGCUCACCUUCAUCCGGGACCACCCGCUCAUGGAUAGGCCAGUUGAUGGCCAACCCCUGCUGGUUACUACAGAUACAGCUUAUCUCAGAGUCGUAGCCCACAGGGUGACCAGCCUCUCAGGGAAAGAAUAUGAUGUGCUAUAUCUGGGAACAGAGGAUGGACACCUCCACCGAGCAGUGCACAUCGGAGCACAGCUCAGUGUCCUUGAGGAUCUGGCCUUGUUCCCAGAGCCACAGCCGGUUGAGAACAUGAAAUUGUACCACGGAUGGCUCCUGGUUGGCUCCCGUUCUGAGGUGACACAAGUAAACACGACCAACUGUGGUCGCCUCCAGAGUUGCUCAGAGUGUAUCCUGGCCCAGGACCCUGUCUGUGCCUGGAGCUUCCGGCUAGAUGCAUGUGUGGCCCAUGCUGGUGAGCACCGAGGGCUGGUGCAAGACAUCGAGUCAGCAGAUGUCUCUUCUUUGUGUCCCAGAGAACCUGGAGAACAUCCAGUAGUGUUUGAAGUUCCUGUGGCCACCGCUGCACAUGUCGUCUUACCGUGCUCCCCCAGCUCAGCCUGGGCAUCCUGUGUGUGGCACCAGCCCAGUGGAGUGACCUCACUCACCCCCCGGCGGGAUGGGCUAGAGGUGGUAGUGACCCCAGGAGCUAUGGGUGCUUAUGCCUGUGAAUGUCAGGAGGGUGGGGCAGCCCGUGUGGUGGCGGCUUACAGCUUGGUGUCGGGCAGUCAGCGGGAUCCUCCGAGCCAGGCUCACACGGUGGGGGCUGGACUGGCUGGUUUUAUCCUCGGGGUUCUUGCAGCAUCCCUGACUCUCCUCCUCAUUGGUCGAAGCCAGCAGCGACGCAGACAGAGGGAACUUCUAGCUAGAGACAAGGUGGGCUUAGACCUGGGGGCUCCACCAUCUGGGACUACAAGCUAUAGCCAAGACCCUCCUUCUCCUUCUCCUGAGGAUGAACGGCUGCCCCUCGCUCUGGCCAAGAGGGGCAGUGGCUUUGGUGGUUUCCCUCCACCCUUCCUGCUUGAUCCUUACACUAGUCCAGCUCACAUUCGGCUAACAGGGGCUCCUCUAGCCACGUGUGAUGAGACAUCCAUCUAGAGCUGAGCAAAUGACCGCUAGUAUAUGAGUGAUCACAGGAAUUAAGAGAGACCAGGGCUGCUGGGCAUAGAAGAUCAUCAUGGCCUAUCAGUUCUGUGAGUGUAAGUAGUCACCUAGACUUCAGUGUGUGCCCUCUCCAGGCCUGGCUGGGUUUACAACCAAGCCUUUGCCUAAUUGCUGAUUCCCAUGAGAGAUCAGAAUUACUCUUUGCAAUAGGUUGGGAUUGCCUCCCACCCCUCAGCCCCUAUGGCCCUUCAGACUUGGUUUUCUAUCUUGGGCCCACCAGUUUUGGAGAUGGGAUACAGGGCAUAGCUCUGAUUUGGUUUUCCAAUGAGCCCUGGAUGGAAGGUGGUUAGGGGCUGUUGUGCACUGAGUCCUUGGGUGGUCGUACUGAUUCUCCAGUUUAGCUGAUUCUCCAUGGGGAGUGCAUGAUCCCCAGGCAUAACCUGGAGUCUGUCCUGAGACCUCUCCCAUCCCAACUUCUCUUUUUCCCUGAAAGGAAGUGUGUAAAUAAUUGGUGUUCAUAUGCAUGAAUGACUUGGGCCUGAUGCUUAGGUGCUUUAGAGGGGUGGAGAGGGGAAGGCUAGAAUGGAGGGCAAUGCCUGCUGAACUUUUCACCAUAUUGCCAGUGAGGGAAACAAAAUACCACCCCUCUCCCCAUUAUCCCACAUUGCUUCUCUAAAUUUGAAUAGAGAAAAGCUCCCAAAGUGACCUUCUGGGUAGGAAGCGCAGUGGUACCUGUGACCCCAUCUUUCUCUCUGUUUUUGCUCCUUGGCUGUCACCACUGCCAGCCUCAGCUGCUCUUUCCUUAGCUAGAGGGUAGGUUGAGCCUCUUUUCCUUGGCUCCCAUUAAAAACACACACACACACACACACAUACCCAAACUUCAUAACAUUCUAAAUAUUAAGGGGCAACAGAAGGGGAUCAGUCAUAGGAAUUACUUAUAGAUGGGUUUGUAUCAGUGACUCUACUCAGGGUGAUACCCUUGCCCUAAAGCAGAGGUCCCCUAGCUGGGGCCCAUGAACUCCUUGUAAUUGUAUGUUAAAAAAUGUCUGUACAUGUGAGUCUGUAUUUUUCUGGGGGGAAAGCUUUUGUGGCUUUCUUCAGAUGCUCAAGGCCUUAACAAAAAGGACCACUGCCUGAGAUUUACUACACGUGGGCCAUGUCCAAAUGAGUGCCAUUAUGUGGCAACUUGUCCUAGACUCAGCCUGCUGCCUGUGGCCAGACCCUGGACUUGUGGCUGCUGGAUGCUGUUUCUCUAGUCCUUAGAAGUGGAGCUCUGUGUGUAUUAGAAGAUACUGUCAACUCUCACCAAAGUCCCAGGCCUCUUCCUGCUUCCUAAGUCCCACAUGCUCUAAGCUUCUCCUGCUUAGUCCCGGUGUUGGCCUGUGAAUGAAUGUGCCUCGUUCAUCCCCAGAAGACGCCCUCCAGCUCAGCGAAUGGUCCAGCCCUUUCUAGCUGAAGUUUUCUGUUCUGCCUUGACAGCAGCCUGUGAACUACUCAUGAGUCCCCUUGGGUUUGGGAUUUUCAGUGACUUUGCUACUAAUAAGCAUAUGAUCUUCAGCAUGUCAUCUAACCUAGGGACAUCAGUUUACUCAUCUGGGUAAAGUGGGGAUAAUAAUACCUACCUCAGGGUUGCUGCAAGGAAUAAGUGAGAAACAUGUAAACAAUAAAGCA